CGAAGUUUCGUCUGUCUGUUUACAAUUUACCAUGCUCUGGUUGUAGGUUAAGUAAGGAAUGAAAAAGAAGACUUUUAUUUCUUAUUACAAUAGUUCAGCUUGUAUACUGGUAGCAUAAACGCUGUAAUUUCCAACAUCUCGCACCCUUUUAUUAUUCUUUUCAUACAAUCCUAGAUCUUUUAACUAUUGAUCCAUUCAUAACUGUCAAAACGCCCAGUUACCAAUAAUGGCUAAACUUGUUAAAGUUUUCAAAACUUUGCGAAACAAUUGGAAGAAAACAGUUUUUGGUACAGUUGCCUUGACGUACGGUUUCCAGUAUGGAUUGCACUCAUACGAGUGUAGACAAAUGAUGAGAGCUUAUUGUGAAGCUGCAAAGGAAAUUGGUGAGGCAGCCAUACCAGUUGAUAGCAGACCACGACACGUCACUGUAGUUCUUAAUCCAGCUGCAAACAAACGGAGAGCGAAAAAGGAAUUUGAAGAAUACUGUGCACCCCUGUUACAUCUCGCAGGAUUAAGCGUGAACCUGCUUGUAACAGUGAAAGAAGGUCAAGCUCGAACUUUGGUAGAAAAACUAGAAGAAGCUACUGAUGCAAUUAUAGUUGCAGGAGGUGAUGGAACCUUGUCUGAGGCAAUUACCGGUCUACUUCGGCGUCAAGAUGGAUUUGAUGUAGCCAGGAAAAUCCCCUUCGGUGUGCUGCCUCUUGGGAAAACUAAUUCAGUAGCAAAGCAAGUGUUUGCUGAAAGUGCUGAUGAUCAUAUAAAACAUGUUGUAGAUGCAACUAUGGCUGUUAUUUUAGAAGUUACCAGACCACUUGAUGUCAUCAAGUUCCAAGUCAUUCCUACUGAUAAAAAUGAAGAGAGUAAACCAGUUUAUGGUUUAGUGGGCCUGGAGUGGGGAGCUUUUAGAGACGCAAAUGCCAGAAAAGAUAAAUAUUGGUAUUUUGGAGGCAUUAAGGGUUAUGCCUCAUAUUUAUUUACAGGCCUCAAGGAUGAAUCAAAAGGCGUGACUUGGAAAGCCCAAGCAAAUUUGGAAUAUACAAAACCAUGUGAAGGUUGUUCGAAUUGCUAUGGUGAUAGAAUUGAUUUACAUCCUGAAAAGGCCCAGUCCAAGUCAUGGUGGAGUGUAUUUGGAAAGAGACAACCAGGACCAACAACCACAAAAUACGACUAUAGCCAGAAAGUAAAUGAGGAAUGCAAUGUAUUCGAAAAUAUUGAUGUAAAGACAACAGAUUUCUCCCUGCUUUCAACUAAUGUGUUGAGUGUACCUAAAAAAAUUCCUUACCUCCAACUGUCGUAUGGACCCGGCGAAUUCAGUUAUGAAGACUUUGUGAGGGAGGGAUGGCGAAGGGAAAAUGGCGAAAGUCCCUCACGUCCAACAAAAAUAUUAAUGAAAGAAGUUAAACUUUACCCCAAAGAAAAUUCUCAAACACCAUUAGAAUUGUUCGAAAAUGUGAACAGUAGUUUAGAACCCAAUGGAGAAGAAACCAACAAGAAUUCUAAGAAGGAAGUCGAACGAUGGAUUUCUAUUGACAACGAAGAUUACGAGGUUAAAGCUGUUCAAGCUCUUCUUUUACCCAAUCUAAUUAAAGUGUUUUGUCCUGUAAAUGCUCAAAUAAAUUAAUGCAAAAGA